CCUUUGAAUCAACGCAGCGAUCCGCAUCACUGAUUCAGACGAGCCAGGGUUUUUACGAGGUUGAUGGGACAGAAAUCAAUAACUUCAAUGGAGAAUUUGAUAGAUCGACCCACUUUCGGAAUUCCCCGACCUUUAAAUGUCUGGAUAUGAACUUACUAUUAUGGAAACAAAUGGAUUUCAAUUCAGAGUCUUUCGGUUUCCCAACCUACGGGAGAAGAAUUAGACUUAUACAUGUGGUACUUGUGUUAUUUUCUUGAACCAAACUCAAUACGAUAAAAGAUAUACACUGCAACUUGUCCCAACACGGAGUUUUCUUUACACUAAAGACAGAUGCAGUAACAUUUUAAUGAACAAAAACAGCAAUGAAGACCUUGACCUUUGAUAAAGAAGAGUCCCUUUUAAGGGGAUACAUUCCUCUGCAGAAAUUUAAGACACUGUUGGGGGACACUGUCUGGGCUGCUUUGGAGGAGGUACAGUUUACAGGGAAUGGUUUCUGUACAGAUCAAGUUAUCAACACGAUCAGGCUGGCCAAAAAGGGAACUCUCUCCUCUCUGCAGAAAGUUAAUUUACGGGGAUGUUCCAUGUUGACAGAUGUGGGAGUAAAAUGGCUGUCAGAAAUCCUAACCGGCGCCAGCAAGCUACAGGAAGUAAACUUAGACGGCUGCAGUCUUGUGUCAGACGCGGGAUUGUCUCAGCUUGUCGCGGUGCUGGGAGACGACUGUAAUGUCUCUGUCAUAGGGACGUCCGUCUGUCGCCUUGUGUCAGCUCGAGGCAAAAAUAUCCGAACUUCAAGGGGAUCCACAUUCCCUCCAAACGAAGCCACCACUGAUUUUAAAAAUGGCGGUGUUCUAGUCGUUUCUCACCCCAGCGUCAAAUCAAGCAUCGCGCAGAUCCUGGACGGGAAGACCAGUGUUCCGUGGGCAGGCUUAGACCAUGUCGCACUGCGCCUCAAAGAUGGCUGGAAUGUCAAUGUCAAUGAAGUAGCAGUAGAAGACCCUCUUUUUGAUGUCCUGGUGAACAGUAAACCAAUGCAGGUCGUUCUGCCAUUUGACAGCUCAGCAGAUAUCAAUGAUGUAUCUAAGCAUGUGACAGAUGUAGUUUCCAGAAUUUUAAUGAAGGAGCCAGAUUACCCUAAUAUUGAAUUAGGAAAACCCGAUGAUCCGUUUGUUGGGAGCGUGAAAACUAAGGACCAGUUUAUGGACAUCAAAUUUGUAACUGGUCACAAGUUAAAUGUGGAAAACUCGGUGUUAGAAAAUUGGCCAGUCACAGAGAAAGGGAAGGAGGUGGAUGGUUGCUUCAUGUCCAGAGCGUUCUUCACUAAGUCCCAUCCUUACUUUCAAGUUCAAUUUCUCAGCAAAGAUGAUGCUGUUGAGGAAGGUGGGAGGGGAGAUUUGCCAGAUGAGCUGCUGAUUGGCUGUGUACGAGAUCUGUUCUAUGUGAAGAUGUCCCCAAAACCCUGGAAAGAACAGGAUCGUAUCUCCGGCGAGGAGUCAAAAAAUGUCAUGGUACAGAGGUUUUCAUUAACCAAUGUGAAGAGGGGAGACACCUUUGGUUUUGGAAUUUACGGAGACUGGGAAUCUGAGUAUAUUGCAGGUCCUUCCUGUAGACUCUACGUCUCUCUCAACGGAACAGAGGUCAAAUAUGAGGGCAACCAGGAAGAUGCGAGUUUUGGUCGGAUCUACCAUCCAUGCGUUGCUAUAAAUAGCCAUUUUGUGUGUCAGUUCAAAAUGCCUCACCUCCUCUCCGUCCCCAAGGAAUUGAUAAAUGUUUACAAAAAGGAGAAAAAAUGGAUCCGUGCCUGUUUCAAUGCCUAUUGUGUAAUUAACAGUGCUGGAAUUAUCAGUUCAAAUAAGUAUGAGGGUAGAAGUUCAGAAACCUACUUUGUUUCCGAACAAUCCGUUGGAACGAAAGACACGCCCAACACGUCAUUUUCUUUGAGAGUGGUGGAGGAACCAAGCAAUUGUCCGAUCGUGUUUGGAAUUACGGUCGGUGGAUACAAUAUGAACAACGACGAGAGAUAUUUGAUGAUGUUUGGGAUUAACGGACAAGUGAAGAUUAAGACUGGAGGAGACAUUGUUAACUUGGUAGAUGCUCCUACCAAACUGACUGAGGGGGACGAGGUCACAUUCCAGUGGGAGAUCGAGAAGCAGCCAAUCACAUUCAACGACACAAAGGAGUUUCCCGUCAGAGUGCUGAGAAAUGGAAAUCUUAUCUGUGAAACAAACUAUGCCUUCAGCUUCAGAGGUGGGCUACCAUUGGAAAAUGUGUUUGUGAAUGUUUCAUCUCCUGGUGCAAAGGAAAGGGGUGUCCAGUUGUUAAAUUAUCAGCCUCCUUACAGAGCUCCGGUGACAAGGAGAAGUAACAUCACACUGGCUGUUCAAAGAAGCAUGCUGGUCUAUGAUGACGGGGUGAUUGUUUAUUGCUCGGAGGGAAACUGUCCGUAUGUGAUUUCGGGGACCCCCAUCAACGCCCAGCUGACCUACUUUGAGAUGGAGGUCAUUGGCCUGUCAUCGCACUCUAGUGACGUGGGCAUCGGACUCACCCAUACUCUCGCCGACAGUAUAGAUAUCAUAGGCAAAUCACGACAUGAAAUACAGUACUUGACAACAAGAAACUCCAAUUAUGGAAGGGUUUGGACUGACACGAAUGAGUAUAAUUCGUCGGAGGCCUACAAGAUCGAGGAGGGGGACAUAGUGGGAUGCGGAGUCCGGGCGAGUUUCCGUGACGACGGAAGUCUUAUAGAGGAGCAGGAAGUGGAGGUCUACUUUACCAAGAAUGGAAAGGAGAUGGACUACCAACACAAGAUGAAAUGUCGGUCGGAGGGAUUGUUUCCGUUUUUUACUCUUAACAACAAGGAAGCCGUGCUCCGUAUCCGCGGAUUCAGCCCAGAAUCCACGUUCAACAAGUUCACAUUUCCACACAAGGAACAGAGCACCGUGCCUGUGGGGGGUGCACACUUUGCUGGCUGUAGGUUUACUGUGCUAGAUGUGUCAGGUGACGGAAAUGCUGCGGCCCUGAAAAGCAAAAUUCCAUUGGACAAGCUACCCUGUACACAGAAAAUCAAGAACCAUAUUAGGACAUUAGAAGGGGACUUGGACAGUUUAAACUUGGAAAACCAACAGAGAUUAUCGGAACUUCACAGAGUGCUGGAGAAUUUGGACCGGCUCGCUAAGUCCCCAGACCGGGUCACUUUCCUGUCGGCCAAACUGUCCACUAAAGAGGGGAUAGAAGCAUCAAAGAUGUCCAUCUUGAACGGCUUCCAGUCUCACAGAGACCAGCAGAGGGCGCUGUACAGUCUCCCUCAAACUCUGGUAAAGGUCGUGGAGGUCGCACGACAGGAGCUGAGAAAGCAGGGAAUCUGCCAUGUGGUGGAGUCUCGUUCGGCUAAUCUAUCCUGCCCAAGUCUGUAUGAGAUAAUCAAACCGGUGUCUCCCAAGUAUCUGACAGGAGAAAUGUUUCUCAAACUCGUGGAAUUAUUGUUUCAGCAGGGAGAGUUGUUGUGUAUACAGACAGACUGCGGACUGUUAGCAGUAGAUUUCGAGUUUGCCGGGAAAUCCAUAGAGACGAUACUUAACUUCACAAAAAUGGAUAAAGUCCCUGAAGGAAUAUCUGCCUUUGGUCCGGACAGUACUGUGUGGACGGCAGACAUAAAGGAUCCUGUGAGGGAUGGUAUGGUGCUAGAGUUUCUACAGAAUUACAUGGGGCUGAUGAAAAUACCCGUCACAUGGAGGACAGACACCAAGGAGAAGAGUUUGAUUUAUACACUCCUGAAGAACUUGGAUCCACCCAAGUUUACACUGUCCGAGUUUGUGACCAGAGAGAAGGCAGUGAAGGACUGCGUCGUGCUACAGUGUACCUACAGCUUCCCAGCCCUUUACCCCCAGCAGUUACUUCCCCUUGUUCUGUCUGCCAUCGUUAGUUACGGCUCUCCGCUUAUAAUCUCAGCAGAGGGAGGCGUGAUUCUGUCUGGUGUGGUGCAGACCAUCGUGAGAGAGGAACCAGUUAAUGGGACGAAGGGUUUGACGAUCGAGUCUCGCUGUUACCUGCCUCAGAUGAAAACCCAGUCUGUGAAUGAGGACACGGAGAAGAGCGUGCGAGACUAUAGUCUCCAUGUAUUCUGUAUCGUGCGAGACGUCACUGAUCGCAUCCUCAGGAGGCAGGGCCUGGUAGCCGUUAUCUCACAGAACAUUCCUCUGAACUCAGUGAAUGCUACUUUGGGCUGUACUCACAACUGGACCCCACUUCCCGACACUGAACAUAUCCAGUCUGUCUGCACUCUGUGCAACUUGUGCUGUGAAAAGGGAGAACUGUGUCCUUAUAACAGAAUCAUGGGCACGGAUCUAAGGGAGUGUGGCUGUAAAACUAAAACACCGGGAUGUGUGGAUUGUGGAAUGUGUGUGGCUUGCGUUAAGAAGCUCUGGAACCUGCGGACAGAGCUGAGACCCAUGGCAAUGUCCUUGACCUCAUCCUCAGAGAUCCACGGAGUGACCUUGAAUCCUGUGACCUUCAAUGAAGUAGAGAUUGAUGUUGUCAGUGGAAUGUGCCCUCCAAUAUGUUUAAGCACGGAGGGGAAAACUGUCAUGGCCGCCCCGGGUCUAGGUCGAUCGUUCAACAACAAGAUCCACUUCUCCGAUGUUAGACAGACGCUGGACUACAAUAAAGAUUUGAGACUGUGUGUACAACAAGGGGAUAGACUGAAGAUUCGGCUGUCAGCUCCACAGGGGGCAAUCACACACUCAGCGUACCAAAGCGAUACGACAAUAGUACCCAAGUUUGUUCAGUAUUACACAGAGUUCUGCCGGGGAGCCGUGGCCCUGCAGGAGGCGGGCAUCGUCUGCUAUGUGACUGGUGCCAAGAAAGUAGGACAAUUUGUGGCACCAAAACCUUUCUCGGAAACCCUACGGCGUUUCUCCAUAAAGAUUCUUUGCGGUGGAACUAAAUGUGAUGCUGGUGUGGGGCUUUGUCCGAAGAAUUACGGUAGUGACAAUAUGCCCGGGUGGAAGGGCAAUUCCUACGGAUACCAUGCUGAUGAUGGAAAAAUCUACAUGGAGAAGGGAUCCAGUCAAAUCGUGACGGAGAAAUGCACGGUGGGGGACGUCAUGGCAGUAGAGUACGAUGUCAAAAGUCACGAGUUGAUAUUCUUCAAGAAUGACCAAGAGAUGCACAAAAUGACAGUGCCGGAUCAUGGAAAAGCGUUGCCAGAUUUCUAUCCCAUUAUUGGUCUGCAUUCUAGUAACGAGUGCGUCAAACUCAUGGAAGUGGAGCCCUGGACUCCGCUGGACCCUAAUGUGAAAAAAGAAGUUCCUCCUAGUCUGGACUUCAUAAAAGCUGAAGGCCUAUUGAUCAGCCCAACUAAAACGUUGACCAUGCCUAAGUACUUUUCGGGCCUGUGCACCGGACAGAUUAUUCUGCACAACACGACGAAGACUCCACUGGGAUACAAGUUGGAGCCCGCUAACAUCUUCAAGGCAAGGGAGGAGGAAGGUGGGGAGGACCACAGUACAGGGAUUAUAAAAGAAAACGACACCAGGGUUAUACUGUGUCAUGCCGAGGAGCGGACUUGUAAGAUAUCUGAUGUGACCAUUCAGUGGACUGGACUUCAGAAAAACAAGACAUACUCUCCCGCAGAGCUUCAGAAAACCUUUACUAGGAAAUGUCACAUGUACAGACUGAAGGCCAAUAUGAAACAUGUAGAUUACAACAGAGGCUUAACUAGAGUGAACAAAGGAGAUAAAAGAAAGGACUACAUACUGGAAGUGUUCAAGAACUCGGAGUUAAUUGAGCGAUACUGGACAAGUCCAUUUAUCUACACACUGACCAUUCCCUACAACGUGGGACAAUACCUCAUCAGAUAUCCCAGGUGCCCCAGUUUUAAUUUUCCUCCUCACCUGGAAAAAGGAAUGAAGGUCUUCAUUACAUUACCAAACAAGGCUGUAGCAGAAGCGGUGAUCACUGGAGUGGAACAUUCAGGAAAAUAUCAGUUGGAGUAUUCACCGGAUGGUGACCGUGAUAAUAUAGUCAUUACGGGGGAUCAUUCAUUAAUGGAGGUGGUGGGGCACAAAGAGGGAGACCCUGUAUUAAUGUACAGAGCAGAUGCCUCCCAGAAGAAUUUGACUCAGACCUACACGUACGCUCCACCUCACCUGAUUCCGAAGGGGUGUGCUGAGGUGCUGAGGGUGACAGAUACCAAAUGGCUGUCCUUGCUUUUGGCUCAUGGAUCCAACUGUUUCACAAAUAUACAUCGUCCUACUGUGCAAGAGCAGAUGAUAGUAACACAGAGCAGGAAUCUGAUUGGCUGGCUGGACGGAUAUGGAGCCAAUGGUUCUGUAGAAGACACUUUCGCCUUUCUACCAAACCCCCUGAACUCCAAGACCUUCUUGUUUCCCAGUGUCGGGAUGUUUGGGAAAUUGAAUGUCCACAGGCUCUGUUUUUAUGCAGAUCAGCUGAUUGACUACCAGACCCAGAAAAAAAUCCAACUCAGAGAUCCGCUCCACUUCAUGGACAUGGAAGCCUUGACCCCCAAAUCUGACCUUUCACCGGAGGUCACAUUGGCGUGUAAAUUUCAGGGAUGGGUGUACAUGGCUUUGAUUGCCAAAAAGCUUGUUCUUCCUUCACAACACUCAUCCAUAUUGCCAGAAAAAGACCUAGACAGUUUUUCAAGGUCACAGAUUGAGCACUUCCUUCAUGCGCUGGUUCACCAGUUUGCGACACUGAGUAGCCUCUAUGCCUCUCAAUAUGGAGGAUUACCAAAUCAAAGCAAUCCUGCCUCUGGAACGAAAUGUGUCCUUGAACUCAUCCAAGGUCAAGGACAACCCUUGAUUAAAUAUAACGGAGAACUUGUCACUGACCACAACAACCUCAUUCAGAAUGGUUCUCUGUGUAUCUGUAAAGCUCACAAACUCUCCAUGGCUACCAGUGACAGUGACCUCCAACAUGACCUUGAUGUUACCUACGACCUUUUCGACCCCUACAUUGAAAAUGUGAAUUCAGUUAAUUUGGACCUAACUAAAACAGUGAAAUUUCCGAAGGACUUCUUUAAGAGAAUGCUGAACCUGGAAAAUUUCUCCAUUAGCGGUUGUCAUUUUGAAGAAAAGACCUCGCUGCCAGACUAUUCGUCCACUCUGAACGAAUUGAGAUACCUUAAUAUGAGAUAUCUCAAGGUCACACAGCUGCCAUACGACAUCUUCCGAGCGAAUAAUCUAAAGGAAGCACAUUUGCAGGGCAUGAGUUUGGGGAAGAUUAGCUCAUUUUUCGCGAGGAAGUCCUCAAAACCUUACUUAAUCACCAAGUUAGCUUUGAUCGAUAUGAAGUUAGAGGAGUUACCGACUGAAAUCAAGAACCUUGCUGUGUUGCAGGAACUUAACCUUGAUCACAAUCCUCUGAGGAAACUGCCAGCUGGUCUUAAAGAACUGAAAAAACUCCAGAUUUUGUCCAUCCAAGGAUUUCCACUGAUGAACUUCGAUGAAGAAGUUGAUAGUUUGACGAGACAACAGUACCAAACCUGGCACAAAGAAAACCCGGCCAUCACCAACUAUCUGUCUGCAGAGGUUGUGGAGUCUUUGUUUGAUGAGGCGGACCAGAAGAAGAGAGGUGUGUUAACAGUGUCAGAAAUAGCACAGCUGAACCUCAAGCUCUUCUUUCUACUGCCCCGAUUCGGAACUGAUGGAUCUUAUGAGAAAUAUGGAGGCUUUCCGGAUAUCAUAUUUUCCCUGACGCAGCUACAAGAGCUAUAUUUUGGAUAUCAGGGAAUCACCAUGGUGCCAUUGGAACUCAAGGCUUGGCUCAAACUGAGGGUGAUGGACCUACAGCACUGCCCUCUACUGGAGACAUUGUCCUCAAGACUGGGAUUUCUGCCGGAACUGAAAAAUGUUAACUUGCGACACUGCCCCUCGCUUAGGACCCCUCCUCAUGAGGUGGUCAGUCGGGGCUUUUCAUCGGUCAAGGCAUACAUGAAGAGGCUGGCCGGGGGAUUCACAACCUGUAGGCGGACCAAGCUUAUGUUCGUGGGUCUGGGAGACGCCGGUAAAACAAGUUUACUGAAGGCACUGACUAGUUCUUCUAAGAAAACGUCAGGGACCCAGAAUGCUCAGCUGACGGACGGAAUUGAAAUCAAAUCGUGGAAGGUGACGGCCCCCGAUAAAGGGGAGAUAACGUACUCUGCGUGGGAUUUUGCUGGACAGACGGUGUACUACAAUACACAUCAGUUUUUCCUGACAUCACGAGCUGUGUAUCUCCUGCUGUGGAACAUGAGGAUGGGAUUUGAACAUGCUGGUCUGGAUUUCUGGUUAAGUUCCAUCGCUUGUCACGCUCCGGACGCUCCCGUUCUAAUUAUAGGAACUCAGGUGGACCAGAUUCCAAUGCCGGAUAUUGAGGAGGACCUCAUUAGGAAAGCUUAUCCCCAGAUCCAGGGAUUCCACUAUGUCAGUUCGAUCGUAGGAACGGGCAUUAUGGAGCUGGAGAAAGACCUGAUUGAGAUUACAAUGCAGCAGCCCUACCUAGAAGAGAAAAUUCCUCAAGUCUGGCUCAACUUGGAGGACAAGAUGUUAAAGCUGCGGAAAGAUAGCAGUAUUUUGACCUUUCAGCAAGUAGAGGAGAUAGCCAGGGAUGAGGGGAUUUAUCAUGAACAAGACCUGAAGGAGGCAAUCUCGUUCCUGGACAACCUGGGUACCAUUCAGUAUUUUGACACGGACUUCCUGAGAAACAAAGUAGUGGUGGAUCCCCAGUGGAUUGUCAAUGUCAUGGCCUGUGUGGUGUCUGUCCGGGCGUCUGUUAUACAAAAAAAUGAUGGCCGCUUUGAACACAAUCAGCUGGACACAGUGUGGGAGAAAUACCCCCCAGAUCUCCGACCGUGGCUCCUCAGUCUGACCGAGGAGUUUGACCUGACCUUUCCACUCCCUGGACAACCUCUUAAUGUGGUACCCUGCCUCCUUCCCCUGGCACCACCAAAGGAGUUUCAAUGGCCUGACCUUAAUCCAACAGAUGACAUCCUUGAGAACAAGAUUGUGUACAAAUUUGUUUAUCUACCUGGAGGCCUUUUCAAUAGACUUCAGGUGAGACUGUUUAAUUUCUCGGAUGGGAAGAUGAUCUGGAAGAAAGGUUCCUUUCUACAGAAAAACCAGCACCUGGCCUUGAUACAGCAAGACAAUGACAGCCAAUUGACGGUGACAGUGCAGGGCCCUCGUCCAGAGAAUGUCUUGUUCCUGAUUCAUGAGGUCUUGGAAAGUCUCAUCACGGAGUCCUACCAUGGGGUCACAUACGAUUAUUAUCUCCCCUGCCCAGAUUGCAUCACUAAAGGGUCGGACAGCUGGAAGGACCCUUAUUUUUUCCGGGCAUCCAUCGUAAGAAAGGGGAAGAACAUGAACGCCCCCUUCCUGCAGUGCACACAGAAUUUCCACACUGUUGCCAUGACGCAGCUAUUGGCCAUCAUGCCGGAUGACAGGAACUCGGACUUCGAUAUCCACCUCCAAAACAGUAUCAGUGCCUUGCAGUCAAUAAAUAAUGAUAUCGAAUAUGACGUAGCUGUUCUGUACUGUCAGGCCGAUGUUCCUCCCAAUGGAAAGAAAGAUCUUAUCAAUCCUAGGGAUGUGAAAAAGGACUUGCUCUCGUGGAAUUACAGCGUAUGGAUGCCUGAGACUGUUACACCAGACAGAGUCAGUGAGAUGACACUACAGCUUAAGAACUCUAAGAUCGUUGUGUGUUGUAUGUCGGAUCAGUUUGAGAAGGACGAGACGUGUCACAAUAUGUUUCUGUACAUCACUAACCAGCUCCGGAAGAAAGCCCUGAUAGUGGUAGUACGCCCCAGCAUGAUCUGGCAGGACACUGAUUUAGGAAUGAAGAUUGGAGACGCUUUUGUAUGCAUGGUAAGAACAGCAGACAGAUAUAAAUCCAAAAUUGUGGACCUUAAAGACAUGGUGGAGAAAUCACUGAUAGCCAUGGACCAAAACAAGCAGAAGUCGCCCGAUGUUUUUAUUAGCUACUGUUGGCAGAAUUCUCGACAAGCUGUCGAUAAAGGAACAAAGAUAAAGAACAAACAAUCUCUAGGGGAAGUGGAUCCUCGGGACAUCAAGGACUUCCUGACAGAGAAGAAAGUCUCCUGCUGGAUCGAUAUCGAGAAAAUCGGAACGCAUGGUCUGUAUUUAGACAUAGCCAUGGGACUGCAGAGCUGUAAACUGGUCGUCUGUUGUGUGUCGGAUGAGUACGCGGACUCUGAGAAUUGUAUGAUGGAGCUGAAGUACGCCGUGCUGAACCAAAGGCUACCUCUCAUCCUGGUCCCAGUGGGGAGUGGCAAUCGAUGGAAAUCUAAGGUUGGAAUUUUUGUGAUGAAAUGUGACGGAGAGGCCCCGGAGGUUUCCAUGCAGACUCAGGAUAACAAGGAGGUGUUACUGAACAAAGUGAAGGAGAUGCUGGCCUCACAGUGUAAGAAAGAGGACAUCAUCAAAGAAAAACAAAGAGAAGAGAAAGAGAGACAGAAAAGUUUGGAGAAGAAAGCUCAGGAUCUCAAGUUUUCAUACCAGGAAGAAUAUGAACUCCUGCAGAGGAAGUUCCUGAGACAUGUCACUUUGAUCACAACUAAGCUGAAUUUCGAAUUCUUACCCAGGCUGUUGGUGUUCGACUUCGUGAAAGCUGGGUCCAUGGGCAUGUCUACUGACUCGGGAAAACCCAGGCGACCAAGAACGGGAAAGGAGCGGAGGAAGGCUGUGAUUUUAGAGGACGAGGAAGAGGACUGGCAAGGUGAAGAAUUCUGUGUCAAAGUCAUGUGUGAGCAUGAGGAGGGUUGGCAUGUUUCUGAGAGGUCCCUUAAUCUGAGUGCAAGGACCCCUGAGGAGGUGUGUCAGGUGAUUCGUGAGGCGGCCCCCUACCUCUCCCGACUGUACGCCGUCCUGAAACAGAGCUCGGUGAAUCUGAACUGUCUGAGAGGGAAAGCUGGAGAUUCUUACUGCAGCUAUAUCGACAAGAAAGGGUUUGAGGAGACAAACUUUGGAAAGGCGUAUGAAGCAAUGUAUCGUUUUGUUGCAGACCAUGCCAGUAAACGAGACCUCAUGCAGAAACUUCACAGAUCCCAUUUGCCCAGUGGAAAAAUUCUGUGGUUAUGUGACAACCAUUCCAAUGGAAGUAGAAUCACAAAGCUUUCUAAGGGUGUAACCAGCUCCAGAGGGGCGGGGAUUGUGACCUUGACCCGAGAAGACGACCUUCUGAAGGAGCACAUGAGGAGACACCCAACAGUACUUAAGCUGUUGAAACGUCCAGAACCCGAGGAAGAAGACGAUCAGGAGGAAAAGAGGGAAUCAGAAGAUAACGAGGAAAGUGCAGAGGAAGGCGAAAAUGAGGACCAGAAUCCAGUGGAUGAGAAAGCUCCAGAAGAGGUGGAAAUUGAUGUUCAAUCUGGAGGAGCAGUGAAGAAUUAUCUUGUCAGCAGACAUGGUCCUAUAAAUCGUGCAGGGAGCCCAGCGCCUUCAAAAGGUGGAAUGGAUGAGAAACAGACAGGGAGGAGAAACGGAAAGGAGUCUAACAAUGUCAGCGAUGGCAGAAACGAAACACUGGUGAAAGAGAAAGCAAUGAAAGAGGUUGAAAACGUGAGGCAAAGCACAGCUAAAGAGGAACAAAACACAGUCAGAGCCCAACAAAACACAGUCAGAGCCCAACAAAACACAGUGAAAAAACAACAAACCACAGUCAAUGUGGGGCGUAAGUCAGACGGUAACAGAAGAACUGAUCCGUCAUUCAAUGCAGCAGCCCAAGGAGAAAAGAAAGAACCCAAAAGUUCUGUCUGUGUUAUAUCAUAACUCUGUACUUAGAUUAGAUUCAGUAGUGAGUUGGAAUUCUUAUUUGUAAAGUAUAAAGCAGUUUGAUGGUAAGAUUAUUGUAUAAUAUAUGAAACAUUGAAAGUUGAUACAAGGUUAGACAAUUAGGUGUCUUGUUUUGUAGAAGUGUUACUGUUGUUUUUGUAGUGAAGUCGUACUCUGCUCAAAUAUUUGAACUGGUUUUGUAAUGGAUGAUUGGAGAAUUGACUUUUUCAUUGCUAGACGGAAAGCCAAUGGUUUGAUUGAUACAUAUAACUAGAUCAUCCGAAAUAUAUCAAGAGUAAAUUGUCUACCAUUCCAUUUCCUCUAGAUCAUCCGAAAUAUAUCGAGAGUAAAUUGUCUAGCAUUCCAUUUCCUCAAGAUCAUCCGAAAUAUAUCAAGAGUAAAUUGUCUACCAUUCCAUUUCCUCUAGAUCAUCCGAAAUAUAUCAAGAGUAAAUUGUCUACCAUUCCAUUUCCUCCCUUGGACUUGUAUGUAUGCACUAUACUCUAUUUUUUCUACAAUGCGUGAUUUAAUUUGAUAUCUUUAUAUAUAUUUAUUUGAUUUAUCUGUGAUGAUAUCUUUAUAUAUAUUUAUUUGAUUUAUCUGUGAUGAUACUUGUUGAUAAUACUCACGCUGGUAAAACGUGUUCUGUUAUAUACACGGUCUCCUUUAUUUAUUUACAUGCAUUUUUCUAAUCUGUGAUAAAGAACGUUCUUUUACAGGAUAACUUGCAUAUCAUGAUAUUUGAAAUUUGUGUAUAUUUCUUCAUGCUGCUUUUAUUAAACGGAUAGGUUUCGAUGUAA